UGACACCCUGGUAUUAGGGUGAGUGACAGCUAUCUAGUGUUCCCCACUUUGUAUGGUUUUUUCCUUUCCACCUAAUCAUUUCCUUUUUAAGUUCUCUCUCAGUCAAACUGACUUCUUCAACAACAACUCAACAAGUUUUGUGAACUUGAACCCUGUCCAUUACUUUUUUUUUUGUUUUCUUGAAGCUUCUUAUCAUGGCUUCUGAUUCUCAGACCGCAACUGCAACUACAUCUGAAAAGCCAGUGGAGAACGAGGUGAACGAGGAGGCUAAGUUGAUGGAGAAAGAGAUUGUUUUGGAGGAAACUACUGAUGUUGUGAAGGAUAAACCGGUUUCAGAUUCAAGCCUGACUGUUACUAAGGAGGAGAGCAUCAGUCAAACUCCUGCUGCAGACGUAAAGGAGGUUGCAGCAGUUGUGAACGAAGAGGAAUCUACACAGAAGGGGGCAGAUGAAAAUGGUGAGAAGAAGGUAGCUGAACAAGUGGAAGUUAAAGAACCAAUUCUUGUGAAAGAGGGUGUUGAAGAAGUUAAGGUUGAAGCUGGUGAUGCAGAGAAAGGAAAAGAUGAAAAUGGUGAGGAGAAGAUAGCUGAAGAAGUGGAGCUUAAGGAACCAACCCUUGUGAAAGAGAGUGUUGAAGAAGUUAAGGUUGAAGCUGGUGAUGCAGAGAAAGGAAAAGAUGAAAAUGGUGAGGAGAAGAUAGCUGAAGAAGUGGAGCUUAAGGAACCAACCCUUGUGAAAGAGAGUGUUGAAGAAGUUAAGGUUGAAGCUGGUGAUGCAGAGAAAGGAAAAGAUGAAAAUGGUGAGGAGAAGAUAGCUGGAGAAGUGGAAGUUAAAGAACCAGCCCUUGUGAAAGAGAGUGUUGAAGAAGUUAAGGUUGAAGCUGGUGAUGCAGAGAAAGGAAAAGAUGAAGAUGGUGAGGAGAAGGUAGCUGAAGAAGUAGAGCUUAAGGAACCAAUACUUGUGAAAGAGGGUGUUGAUGAAGAAGUUAAGCUUGAAGCUCUUGAUGCGGAGAAAGCAGAAGAGAAGGGAACCGUUGAAUGUGUAGCUGAAGAAGGCAACAAAGAUAAGGAGGAGAGCAAGGUGGUUGAUGUUUCUGAAUCAGCCGGAGUCAAACAAGUUGAUGAUGUUCAACUUGUUAGAAAAGUACCUGAAGAGACUGUAGAAGACAAGAUCAAAGAUGUUGAGGUUCUUGAAGUCAAGCCAAAGCCAGAUGAAACCACACCUGAAACAACAGAACAAGCUAAGGUUGAGCUUGUGGGAAAGCUGGAGGAUACCAUUGUUGUUGAGACCAAAGACUCCAAGGAUGAACAGACUUCUAUGAUAAACCAAGAUUCAGACACUGCCCCCCAAAAGGAGACAGAAGGAGACGCUUCUUCUCCUGCUGAUGUCACUGAGAAAGCCAUCACCGAAGAGAAGCAUGUAGUGGAAGAACCAUCAAAGGAUGAGCAAGAGAACGUAAGUGAAGCAAAAGAUGUCGCCACUAAAGUAGCCACAGAAGAAGAAAACAUCAAGAAGGACACUGAAGAUGUCAAGAGUGAAGAGACUUUGAAAGAAACUGAAGGAAACAAACAAGAGGAAUCAGUCACAGAGAAAGUAGCAGAGGCUGUAGAGACAGCACCACCUGUUGUUAAAGAGAUCGAAGAGCCAGAAGUCACAACCAAAGAAGUUGUUGUUAAGCAAAAAAGUUCAAACAGCCUCAUGUCAAAGGUGAAGAAGUCUCUUGUUAAGGCAAAGAAAGCAAUCACUGGUAAAUCUCCAAGCUCUAAGACUAUCUCAACUCAAGAAGCCAAAGAGACAUCAAAGCCAAGUGAUUAAAGUAAAGAGUCAUGGAUUCCUUUAAAGUCUUUUCAGGUAUUUUAAUUUAUUUUGUUGGUUUUUUGCUUCUUUGUGUUGGGGGG